AUGAAUCCUUUACAAGAUCCUUCGAGCCACCACUAUUUGCAUCCUAAUGAAAAUCCAGCCUUGGUGUUGGUUUCUCCAGUUCUUACGGGAUCAAACUAUCACACUUGGUCCAAAUCUAUCAAGAAGGCAUUGAUGUCAAAGAAUAAACUCAAGUUCGUUGAUGGCUCUUUGACAGUUCAUGCACAAACAGAUCCUCUGUAUUCUGCAUGGGAGAGAUGCAACACAAUGGUACUUUCUUGGAUUGUCCAUUCACUUUCUUCUUCAAUUACUCAGAGUAUUCUUUGGAUUGACAAAGCUAUUAAUGUUUGGAAUGACUUGAAAGAACGAUUUUCUCAAGGAGAUAUGCCUUUACCAGUUUGCAUUUGCCCUAAUCUGUGUACUUGUGAUGCUAUUACAAAGAUAAAGGGAUAUCUAAAAGGGUUAAAUGAUCAAUACUUUACUGUCAGAUCACAGAUAAUGAUGAUUGAGCCAUUUUCAUCCAUUAAUAAAGUUUUUUCUCUUGUUAUACAACAAGAAAUGCAAUUAAAUCCAGUCAAUUCUAUUAAUCCUUUCACUAUUAAUGCGAUGGAGUCUAAAGUUUUUGUUAGCAAGGCAGUUAAUGGAUUGAUGGGUAAUAGGCCUCCUUAUUAUCAAAAGCCUGGUGCGCGAAAUGCUUACAAUUCAGCUGCUGUUGACACUAGAUUUUGCACUAACUGUGGCAAAUCUAGACAUACUGUAGAGACGUGUUACAAAAAGCAUGGGUUCCCUCCUGAUUACAGGCAUGGUUAUAAUGCUUCUGCCAACAACAUAAUGGCAGAUGAAUCACAAGAGCAAUAUGAAUCUGACCUAAUUUCCUCUCAACCUCAGUCUGGUACAAGCACAGGUCAAGAAGAUUCAGGUUUAGUCCAAAAGAAUUAUGAAAAUUUCAGCAUUGCUUUAUCACAAGAUCAGAUUAAGGGGUUAUUAGCAUUGCUUCAAUCAGCAUAA